CCAACAUUUGCUUUCUCUCUCUACAAACACCACCAUUUUCAAACCUUCAACCUUCAAUUACUCCCUCAUUUCUCAACCAAAUCCUCCCAAACCACCACCAAAAUUCUCCCCUCACUCUCCUCUACACACUAAUACCCAUCAAUCCUAUCCUCUCCCCUAAAUUCGAAAUCCGAAAAUCCCUACCCCCAAAUCCCAAAAGUCCGAAUUUCUUAAGAGCCUAAGAGGUACUCAUGGCUCCCAAACGAGAUAGGGUCGUGACACAAUUAGCAAGGACACCAGUUCCAGGCUAUGAAAGGGUCUGUUUCAGAAACGACGAACACAGGGCGAAAUUUGUUGAACAAAUUGAAAGAGAGGUACACCCUUCACGUUUUUUGUGUCAUGCUACUCUUACCAUUCUAGGUAUCCUUGAAACAAUGCAUGCUUUGUUCAUGAAGUUGAGUAUGGAAUUGAUUUUUGGCAUGAAGUACAAUUCAAAUGAGGAUGUUAUCUAUGAGUUUUUGAGCUCGGCCAUGUUUGUAUCAAAUGCACAUGAUUUUCUUGAGGACAAACUCACGUUUAGGUAUUCCAACACUGAACGUUCAAUUACAAAACAUGCGUUUGCAAAUCAUUUUGGCAUCCCGAUUCCUGAUAUGAGGAAAAAUUCCGAUGACACGAGUUAUGGGCAUAACAUGUGGAAAACAAUGACGGGAGAAGAGAGAGUUAGUUGACUUAGUUCCUCUUCACUCACUAUAACUCAUGUCCAACACCCGGUGCUUCGCAUAUUCUUGAAGUUUUUGGCUAAUAGCAUUCUUGGGCGCGCAAACAACCAUCACACAAGAAUGGGUGAUGUAUGCUUAUUGACCAUGUCUCAAAAUGCAAAUGCAACACCCUUUAACUUGUGCAACUUGAUGUGGGAACAUCUCAAAAAAAAAUGCAAGGCAAAGGGGACUAUUUGGGCGGGAGGAGUAAUUAUGCAUUUGACAACAAAAUUUGGCUAUACGGAUCGUCAUCCUAUAGCUGACUACUGUUUGAUGGACAUUGAUUAUCCGACCAGUGCCUUAUGUAUCUCCCAUUCCCAUUAUAAUAAGCUAGGUAAGGACUACUACAAGUGGACUAUUCAUCCUAGGCCCUUCUGAUAUUUCACUUUGCCCUCUGAUGACCUACCUCCACUUAUUUUCAUUGAGGAUAUGAGCCAUGUACGCCACUACUUAUUUCCCAAUGCCAUACCUCCACACCUUCGACAUCCUGUAGAUGAUCUACAGGAAGAGCAUCAUGAAGAUAUGCAUGAGGACAUGCCCAACCCACCUCAAAACCCACCUCAAAACCCACCUCAAAACCCACCGCAAAACCCACCGCAAAACCCUCCUCCAACCGACUAUUUCCAACAACUUCUAGCCGGAUUUCAAAACAUGAGAACGGACUACAAGACCAUGGUGGGUCAAUUUGACCAACUUAGGCAAGAAGUUGUUUGUUAUCGAGAGGAGCAAAGCACGGGAUUUCAAAUAUUGGAGGAGGACCGCCAAGCGGACAAUCAACGAUAUGAGGAAGAUCACCGUAGGAUGUAUGGUCCAAUGUACUCCUACAUAGCUCACCAAGCCUCUUAUAAUGCUAUGGCCACCCCACCUCCACCACCCUCAUGGUAUGACCCCACUCACUAUGGUAGUUUUGGGGGAUCGAGUUCUGGCGGUGGGGGCUAUGAUGGCGGAUUCGGAGGAGAUGCCACUAUGGGCGACGAAGGCACCGGCGGUGGUUUUGGAGGCGGUUUCUAUGGUGGCGAGGGCGGGCACUAGGGAUAGUGCUUGGAUUAAGAAGGGGGGAGACUCCUCAUUGGACCUCAUUUGAUCUCUUGAAAGAAGAGGAAGGGAAGAAGAAGAAGAAGAAGAAGAAGAAGAAGAAGAAGAAGAAUAAAAGUUUGAGCAUAGAAGACCCAAAAAAAAACACAAGAACAAUGUUGUUUUAUAAACUCAUUUAGAUUCCUUGGUGGUAUUACGUUCUUUCCUUUUAGCACUCAUUAAAACUCUUAAAUGUUUUGGAAAAUUCUACUUUACUCGAGGGCGAGUAAAGAGCUAAGUGUGGGGGAGUUUGAUACCUUUGUAAUUUCCAUGUGUAUGUUUGUAUUUUUAGUUAAUUUUGUUGGUUGAUACUUUGGAAAUUACACACUUUUGGUGUAAUAUUUUAGUUUGCAAAAUUAUUUGUAAUUUGUUUAGAUUAGGAUUAUUCUGAGCUUAGGACAGGUCAAAAUCAUCCCAAGAAUCAAAGGAUGGAUCCUAAAGACCAAAGAAUGUGCAAAAAGGAGAAGAUCAAAUGAAAAUUUUGAAAUUUGUUCAAUACUCGGUCGAGUACUGCCAAUACUCGGUCGA